AUGAGAUUAGUAAUUCAAGAGACAUCUGAAAAAGUUGGUGAGUUCAUCGCAAACUACAUUCGAGAAAAGAUUGUCAAUUUCAAACCAACCGAAGAGAAGAAACACUAUGUUUUGGGAUUACCAACUGGUUCGUCACCACUUCCAAUCUAUAAGAGAUUGGUUGCCAUGCACAAAGAAGGUAAACUCUCGUUCAAAAAUGUGAUUACCUUCAAUAUGGAUGAGUACGUAGGAUUGUCUCCAGAGCAUCCAUUCAGCUACCAUUACUUUAUGCACGAGAAUCUCUUCAAGUACAUCGAUAUCGAGCGUCAGAACAUCCAUAUUCUCAGCGGUGUCGCUGCCGAUGCCGAAGCAGAGUGCGAAGCAUACGAAGCGGCUAUCAAGCGUGCUGGUGGUAUCGAUUUGUUCCUCGGAGGAAUUGGUGUAGAUGGACACAUCGCUUUCAACGAGCCGGGUUCAUCGUUGGCCAGUCGCACACGUCUCAAGACACUGACUCGCGACACCAUCAUCGUAAACUCACGUUUCUUUGAGAGUGUCUCACAGGUGCCAACCAAGGCAUUGACCGUCGGUGUCGGAACGAUUAUGGAUGCCAAAGAAGUAGUUCUCAUUGUCACUGGACACAACAAGGCAAUGGCACUCUACAAGACCGUAGAAGAAGGUAUCAGUCAUAUGUGGACUGCCUCUGCACUCCAAAUGCACAGACAUUCAAUGAUCGUAUGCGAUGAAGAUGCAACCGAUGAACUCAAAGUUAAAACUGUUAAAUAUUUCAAAGAUGUAGAAAGUUCAAAUAGAUUAUAA